AUGGUCAAUCAAUUCAAGUGUGCAACUUUCAGAGAAGCUUGCUCGAUAAGGGGUUUGUUGAAGGAUGAAGGUCACUGGAGCGCAACUCUAGAAGAAGCUGCUGUCAGUCGCUCUCCCCGCAUGCUGAGAAAUCUGUUUGGCACUAUGAUCGUCACGUGUGGGCUGGGAAACCCAAAAAGUCUGUGGGAUAAACACAAAGAGAGCUUAGCGGAAGACAUACUACUUGAGGUGCGCUAUCACAAUCUUAGCCAAGGACCUUGCUUCAACCAAGCACUCAUACUGCUGGAAGACAUAGUUAUUAGAUUAGGAGGCCACGAGCUUAGAACGUAUGGUCUGCCGUCACCUCAGAGAGACCAGCAGGUAUGCAAUUGCAGAGACUUGAUCAGAGAGACCAACUAUGACCAAGAUGAGCUUACAGCGUACGUAUCAAGCAACGAACCAUUACUGAUGCCAGACCAAGCUGCGGCUUAUCACGUUAUCCUAGACAACAUGCAGAGUGGAUCUGGUGGUGUUAUCUUUCUAGAUGCACCUGGUGGCACAGGCAAGACGUUCCUCCUCAACCUUUUACUUGCUAAGGUGAGGCAACAAAAGAAGAUUGCUGUUGCUGUUGCUUCAUCAGGAAUUGCCGCAACUUUGCUUACCGGAGGCAGGACUGCCCACUCAGCUUUCAAACUUCCGUUAAACUUGGCACAUACGGAGACGCCAACCUGUAACAUCGCUAAGGGUACAGGAAUGGCCACAAUACUAAAGCAAUGUCAGCUGAUUGUGUGGGAUGAGUGCACAAUGGCAAACAAGCUGGCGCUGGAGGCUCUUGAUCGCACGCUAAGAGAUAUCAGAGAGACACAACAAACAGCUUUUGGCGCUGUAACCGUUUUACUUGCUGGUGAUUUUCGGCAAACUCUGCCAGUCAUACAGAGGGGAACCCCGGCAGAUGAACUUUCAGCUUGCCUUAAAUCUUCUUUUCUAUGGCAGCAAGUCCAAACUCUCACCCUGUCUACUAACAUGAGAGUGUAUCUUGAAAGGGACGCAACAGCGGGAGAGUUUUCAUCGAUGCUGCUAUCAAUUGGAAACGGCGAACUGACUGCUAAUGAGAGCGGACUGGUAACCAUACCACCCGGAUGUGGAGAAUUAGUUAACGGUGUAGAGGCACUUAGCGGAAAAGUCUUCCCCAACUUGGCUGUAAACUACAAGAACUACAAGUGGUUGUGCGAGCGUGCCAUCCUUGCACCAAGAAAUGACAUGGCCAGCAAAAUCAAUGAAAAACUUCUUAUGCAAUUGUCUGGAAAAGAACAGCUGCUAAAGUCUAUUGACACAGUUGUAGACAUGUCGGAUUCUGUGCAGUAUCCAACCGAGUUCCUAAAUUCCUUAGACCUUCCUGGCAUGCCACCGCAUAAUCUUAAAUUGAAAGUGGGGUGCCCUGUUAUGCUUCUCCGAAAUCUGGAUGCUCCCGAUCUUUGCAAUGGAACACAACUCAUCAUUAAACAGAUUUUGCCGCACGUUCUUGAAGCCACCAUACUGACAGGACAAGCUCAAGGAAAAGACAUCUUCAUACCAAGAAUACCACUCAUACCAUCGGACCUUCCCUUUCAAUUUAAACGACUGCAGUUUCCACUAAAAGUUUGCUUUGCAAUGUCCAUCAAUAAAUCACAAGGUCAAUCAUUGAAAGUUGUUGGGUUAGACUUGCAAACACCUUGCUUUUCGCACGGGCAACUAUACGUUGGGUGCUCAAGAGUUGGCAGACCUAGCAAUCUCUUUAUCAACGCACCGGAGCGAAAAACAAAAAAUGUAGUAUAUCAUAGCGCGUUGCAGUGA